CUGCUUGAUCACAGGUGACUUCUACCAGAAUAUCUUUACCUCCUGACAUGUUAACCUUCUGUAAUGACUAAGAAGCACUUGGCCGCCACCAUUAGAGAUUCCCUGCAAUAGGAUCUGUAUGGAGGGUUGGUGUGUUGAUCAUUUAGAAGCCCCCCAUGCCCCGCUCACCUGGGUCAAUCUCUGAAGAGUUCUGGUACUUAACGUCUCAUCCCUAACCCCCUUCUAACACCCAGAAUCUACGCGAAACAAUGUCACCUUACACCACUCCCUACUGGUUAUGGCCUGGGGCCCUAGCUAUCGCUGUCCUUGCCCCAGGCUAUUGCUUACACUACUUCAAGGGGACGGUCUCACUGAGCAUAUAUAUUCCAAGCACACGAUUCAGCGGCAAAACAGCUCCGUUACCCACGGUGGAGAACAGGACUGGCUCCGAAACCACAAGACAGAGACUAAGCAAUGCAGGCCGUGUAUCACAUCCUACUGAUCCUGCUCUACGUAUUACACACCUCAGCAGAUUGGUGUUAUACAGAAGACUCAUGCGCUCCCGGCUCCUGGGGGUCUCUCGGUUCCUGUUCUGGUCUGCGUCAGUCCCCAGUAGAUAUUAGCACAAGGUUUGUCCAGGUGAAUGGGAGCCUCGGACCCCUGAUAUUCACCAACUACAGCGACAAGAGCGCACUGCUGGCACUCGGCAACACGGGACAUACAGUGGAGGUUUCCAUCGGGAAUGGGGUGACCCUCUCUGGGGGAGGACUGACAUCCACGUACCAGGCCGUUGCCUUUCACUUCCACUGGGGCAGCGAGCACCGGCUCAACCAAAAGCAGUUUCCUAUGGAGAUGCACGUCGUUCACACAAAGACUGGACUCAGUUUGGCCGAAGCCAAGAACGACUCGACCGGCCUGGCUGUUCUGGGAGUCUUCAUUGAUGUUCUAGAUUCCGCCAACUCGUCUCACCUGUCAAGACUGUCCGACUUGCUGGAGCAGAUCUCGGUUCCAGGGACAAGAAUUUCCCUCAAUUCCAGCUUCUCUCUGGAUGCCAUUCUGGGAGAUGUAAAUCGCGAGGAGUACUACCGCUACCUGGGCUCUCUCACCACCCCGACCUGUGAGGAGGCCGUUGUAUGGACAGUGCUCAAGAACCCCCUCCUCGUCCCGGCCCGUGUGAUCAAAGCCUUCACAUCCAACGUUCAUCAUAACACUUCAGAAGGUUUGGAGCUUCUGACUUAUAACUUCCGGCCUCCUCAGCCUCUCGGUUCUCGCCAGGUUCUGGUUUCUGCAGUAAGUGCCCCAAAACUUGAUGCAAGCACCACGCCAGCCGCCAACGUCACAUCCAGCUCCCGGACCACUGCUAAGGGCCACAUCCACGCGCGUUCUGAUCUCUGCCUCCUAGUUGCAACAGCCCUCCUAUCGCUGCUUCGCCGCUCCGUGUAACAAUACUCCGUGGAUAUUAUAUAUGUUUACGUCGGCCCCUCAUUAAAUGUUAUUUGUCAAAA